UGCAUCAACAUGGUCUCUUCUGUGUCGAGCAUCAUGAGCCGGAAGAGCUUUAGCAUGGCAACGGCGCGGACGAGCUUCGCGACCUUUCAACUUAACAAGCCGGGCCAGCCCAAGCGCCGGAACCAGCACCGCGUCUACCUUCGCAUUCUCUCCAACCUCACUGCGGCCACAGUCGUGCUCAUCUCACUCGUGACCAUGAUCAUCCUGCUCUCAGAAGGCAUGUUUAACCGGCUCAUUCUCACAUGGUUCCACCAAGACAACACCGACUACUGGAACGCCUUUGGCACCUCGUGCGUCCUCACGAGCCAAGGCUUCGUGCCAGGCUCUUGCUCGGCGCUUGAAGUCAAUAUCACUGAAACUGGCGCGGCGUGGGGAGGCCUCGGAAUCCAGCUCGCCAAAGGAUGGCAAGUGCCUCUCGGAACGUCGCUCUACGUCACGACGUGCUUUAUCGGUGGAACACCUGCUAUCGGGUGGGCUGCGCUCCAGUUCAUCGGCGGCUACGAUACCUUUCCCAGCUGCAUUCUCACCAACGGCAGUCAGACCAUUGCCGGUAUGGCCAUGGUCGAAGCCGUCAACGUCGAUGGUGCCACGGGCGCGUACUUGCUUUCGAUGUUUGCUGAUGCGGCACAGCCCGCCACUGUGGUCUACACCAACACGGACAGCACGACCGGUAAUGUCAUUGAGAACGUUCCCCACAUUCUCGUCGAACGGAAUGGGUCUGCGCGACCCUAUCCGAGCGCUAUGGUCUCGGUCCUCAACUCGCACCCCCUCGGCAAUCGGUACCUCGUUCAAGGCUAUUGCAUCUCGCAGUUCAUCGACCUCGGCACCGAUACCGUAGCGUUCAAAGGCUGGAGCACAGGUCGCGACUCCCAAAAGAACGUGGUUACUGGUUGGGCCUGCGGCCACCGCGUCGCACACGCCACCGAGCUCCUCCUCUUGCAAGCGACGGCCGGUCUGCUUUCGAUUCUAGGUCUCGCACCCGACAUUUACAUUACAAUCAAAGGCCUCCAAGGUGUCAUGUCCAGCAAGCCCGUGCUGACCUACGACAUUCUCUCGGGACUGGAGCGCCGCAAGACACUCCUCCUCUUCGUUGUGCUCUGCUCUGCGCCUUCUCUGCUCUUUGUGGACGUCGCGCGCAUCUACUUUGGCACGACCAACGGGCUUCGUAUUUGGACCUUCUCGAUCAUCUCGCUGGGCAUUUUUUUUGCGUUUGGGAGCUUUCUGUGCUUGACCUUCUUGCAGUACAUUCCCAGUCUACCCAAGCUCCGGCAUCGCUUACUGCCCAUCUCGGUCUCUGUGUUUUUAUACGCAGCGAUUCCUGCGAUCGCCUUGAGCAUCAACGGGUCGUGGCAGAUUCUGUGCAACCUCUUUUACGCAGGGACACCGACAAUUGUCAUGCAUCUGAACGGCAAGGCGUAUCCGUGCGCGGCGUACGAGACGUCGGGUGUCGAGCCCGCGGCAAGCUACUUGUUGCCGUGGAUUGUCCCCGCUCUGGUCAUCUGUCUUGGGCUCGGUGUUCUUGUCGCCGUUAGCAAGCUCUACUACUUUCAGCAUCGCUGGCUCCUCGACGCGCAGUGGGCGACGGGAAGCACGUUCCUCACGGCCUGCGGCCUUCCCCGCUGGUUUACAAGCUUACCGCUCGGCCGCCACGAAGCCAUCAAGAUUGGCAACCGCCUCUUCUGCAAGCCAAGCAUGCAAGCUCUCCUAGGUUUUGCAAGCGUCACGCCGCAAGUGCCAGCAUCAAAGGCCAAGUCCGACGAGAGAACCUUGCAUCUCGUAAGCAUCUACGACCUCCUCCUCGCAACGGCGCCAGCAUGCGUCUAUACGCCCAAGAUAUACGGUGACGUUGUCAAGAACGAGCUCAAGCCGCCGUCAACGAAGCGCUUGGAUCGACGCGCCUCGUAUGAGCACUCGCGCGGCUCGUGCGUGUGCUGAGCCGUCUGCGUCUGCCACGUCAUCGUGAAUAGACUGUAUAUUUCUUACUAAUUCCGUAUUUGGCAUCACAUAUACCGAUUUAUUCCCGUAA